AUGCACCGAGUUCGAAUGCUGCGCCAUUUUGGGGUUAUACCGUAUAUAGUUUUUGACGGAGACUACCUCCCAAGCAAGGCAGCAACUGAGAAAGACCGAGCAAACCGACGAGAAGAAAGCAGAAGGAGGGGAAUGGAACUUCUCAAUGCGGGUAAACCGUCACAAGCAUAUCUCGAGUUCCAAAAGGCCAUUGAUGUAACUCCAGAGAUGGCCCGGCAAUUAAUCGAUGAGCUGAAGGAGACUGGAGUGCAAUACGUCGUUGCUCCGUAUGAAGCAGAUGCCCAAAUGGUAUAUUUAGAGAGGAAAGGUAUCGUACAAGGAAUCAUCUCUGAGGACUCGGAUCUUCUGGUCUUCGGUGCCAAGUGUCUUCUGACGAAGUUGGAUCAAUAUGGGAACUGCAUCGAAAUAAAUAAAGCCGACUUCUGCGCUUGCAAAGAGAUUACACUCACAGGCUGGACAGAUAAAGAGUUUCGACAAAUGGCGAUCUUGAGUGGCUGUGAUUAUCUGGCCAGUAUUAAUAAUAUGGGGCUGAAGACUGCUUACCGAAUGGUUCGGAAACACAAAACUAUCGAGAAGGUCCUUCGCAUGUUGCAGUUCGACGGAAAAUUCCACGUUCCGAAAGGCUACCUCGAGGCUUUCCAUCAGGCCGAACUCACCUUUCUCCACCAACGGGUUUUCUGCCCCAAGACUCGCACUUUAGUCUUGCACACAGAACCUCAGCAUCCAAUAAAUGAAAGUGAACUUUCAUUUAUUGGAGGUUACGUGGAGCCAAAGAUCGCUCAAGGUGUUGCCAGAGGUGAUCUCAACCCCAUGACCAAAGAGCCAAUAGUCGUUCAAGGUCUAGGGAAGAAGAACAAAAUGGCCGUGGCUACACCUCCUCCUUCGCGCUUCCACCAUCAUGGAUCAGCUUCCUCAAACGACCUCAAGAAGGGCAAGCCUAUCAGCUCGUUCUUCAUGGCACAGCGAAUACCUCUUGGGGAACUUGACCCGAACUGUUUCACACCAUCCCCUAGCCAGCAAGAUGCUCUCCACAGAAACUCUGGACCUUGGAUGGCAGGUUCUGCUCCUAGACCAUACCUCAGUCGCCCAACCACCGAACCUGAACAACCUCCUCGAUCUGCCCCUCCAGCUCGCACUCAACCCGGCCGUCGCCUGAGUCGGACUUCUAUCAACUCUGAGCCCCGCCCUCCAAAGCGAGCUCGUCUCUGUGCUGAGGACGCUGAGAUCUCUGCAAUUCCGAAAGUCGAACUCGGACGGAGCCCAUUUUUCGCCUUUGCAGCCUCCGAGCCGAGCCCAACAGUAAAUAGAGUUAGGAAGAGUAAUCGAUCAAAGAAAGGCGACAUCACAAUUUUUUCGGAUGAUUCUAUUGAAGAGGCUAUGCUCGAUCUCCCAGACGCUGAUGGCUUCAAAUCACAAGGCCUUGGCUCUCACAGCAAGCUUGGAAUCUUCCGGGAGGACGAUAUCGUACAUGAUGGUGCCAAGGCUAAACCCGAUGGAAGCCCAGAUUCCCCUACGCCAGGUCGAGACUCUGAAUCUCAGGAUACGACCCCCAGCCUUACAUGUGCGACCUCUGCCCCAAGUUCAGCUGAAGAACCGUCAACACCCAAGGACGCCGUUUUUGCCGUACCACCAGUCAAGGGACUCCGAGAGAAGUUUGCAUUCACCGCCGAUGGAUCUUCCACUCCAAAAUCGACUAUCCCCUCUCAUUCUACGCCAGAGCCCACGCCCCCCAUUUCGACCAGACCGUCAAAGAUACCUAUUCCGGUGAAAGCUAGAAUUUCGGUCCCUAAGACGUCGCCAUCCUCGAACCGAGCCAAAUUGACACCUCUGCAGCGCCUUGGAGCAUCCGUCAUGAAUCGCUCUAAUCUCCCAAUGACCCCGCCACAUACGCCGUCUCUCAAAAGCAACCAUCGCCGCGGCUCACUGCUUGGAAAAGGAAGCAUGACAUUCCCCGAAGUUCAGCAGGAGAACCAGUCAUCGACAGUCGAUCCUGCGAUGAUACCUCUACCAGCUAUCGACGAGAUGGAGAAGGUCACAUUAGCGAUGCAGAGUGGUAGCGAGGACUGGAUUGUUCAUGAUAGCGAAGAAGAGGAUGAUGAUAUGUCUCGUGCAGAAGAACAUGAAUCGCCUCGUCGAAUGAACCUGGCACAAUUCGUGUACACCAACUGA